AUGACGAAGGAGGAAGCGAGAGAGCUUUUGGUUGAGGAAUUUGGGGAUGAUCCACUGGAUGUGCUUGAGGAGGUGGAUAAGAUCCGCAGCGCUCAUGUGAGGUUCUCCUUUCUGAAACAUAGAUUUACUGAUGCACUCACUGAUGCACGACAUACAGAUGGUGAUCCAGCUGAGAGGGAGAAUCCACCUACUUUCCAUGGUCGGUAUGAUCCAGAUGGAGCAAAAGAGUGGCUCAAGGAGAUCAAGAGGAUUUUGAGGGUGAUGGAUUAUUCUACCGUGCAAAAGGUACGUUAUGGUACUCAUAUGCUGGCUGGAGAAGCUGAUGACUGGUGGGUUGGCACUCGUCAGAGAUUGGAAGCUAUUGGGGAGGUGAUUACUUGGGUUGUGUUCACGAGGGAGUUCAUGAGGAAGUAUUUUACCGAAGAUGUUAGGGGAAAGAAAGAGACGGAGUUCCUUGCGUUGAAACAAGGGAAUUCAACCGUCACUGAGUAUGCUGCUAAGUUCGUGGAGCUAGUGAAGUUCUACCUACACUAUAGUAUCUGUAGGUUUGCGGAGUUGGUGAACAACUGUCAAAUUUAUGAAGAAGAUAAUAUUGCUCAUUCGGCUCAUUACAAGAGUCUGAACGAGAAGAGAGGAAAACCACAUCAUGAUCGUAAGAAUCCUUAUGAUGCUCCUGAUGACAAAGGGAAACAGAAGGUUACCGAUGGGAAAAAGACAAGUGGGGGAGGAGCUCCUGCUACUGUCAGAUGUUAUAGGUAUGGUGAGCAAGGUCACUUUUUCAAUAAGUGUGAGAACAAGGUGAUUAGAUGUUACAGAUGUGGUAAGAUCGAUCAUCGUGUUCCUGACUACAAGGACGAUGGUCCGACCUGUUUUAAUUAUGCUGAACAUGGUCAUAUCAGCACCCAGUGCCAGAAGUCGAAGAAGGAUGGGAAUUCUGCCAAGACCAAUGUUGCUAUUAUUGAUACUGGUGGUACUCAUUCAUUUAUUUCAGUUGAUUGUGCUACUAUGUUGGGAUUGCAAUUGUCUUCUAUGAAUGGUAGUAUGGAAUGUCCUUUGACUAUCUUUGAUAAGAGUUUUGUGAUGGAUUUGGUGUGUCUACCCUUGCACCAAAUCGAUGUGAUUUUUGGUAUAAACUGGUUGGAGUUCAACUACAUUCAUAUUAAUUGUUAUAAUAAGACAUUAAGGUUCUCCAAGUUUGGUGAUAACAGAGAAUUGAUGUUGUUGACUGCUAAGCAAGUGAGUGAAUGCCUUAGAGACGAGGCCGUGAUUUUUGCAAUUUUUGCAUUGUUGCAAAGUGAGAGUGAAGCUACCAGUAUUGGAAUUCCAGUUGUUGGUGAAUUUCCUGAGGUGUUUCCAAAUGAUAUAAGUGAUUUUCCCCCGGAACAUGAAGUGGAGUUUUCUAUAGAAUUGGUGCCAGCUACGAGUCCAGUAUCGAUGACUCCUUAUAGAAUGUUGGCUUCCGAGCUGAAUGAAUUGAAGAAGCAAUUGGAAGAUAUGCUAGAGAAGAUGUUUGUUUGA